AUGGAUCACUACCCAGAAGUCAGCGUCAACGAACGCGAAACCCCUUCCUCUAGAAUGUCCUCUCGCCACGACUCAGCAUCAUCAGUUGCCAAAGCCGCUGCCGCUGCUGCUCACCAAAGACCCGCUACAAUCGACACCGAAGAUAACACAGCAGCGCGAGCAUCAUCCUACCAUUCGUUCCCAUCGCCUUCAACGCACUCGUCAGACCACUCGGCGCACCGCUCUGAUUCCAACUUCUCAACCAACUCGAGUGCUCAGCGCAUCGAAGCAGAGUACGCGCGGUAUACGGAUGCGCCACCGCCAUACAGUGAGAAGCAGUAUGAAGGGAAGAGCGCAGAUGAGCAAAAUAACAUGAGGAUGAAGGACUAUGCCAAGGAGAUCUCGAGGAUGAUGGGAAGGCAGCUGGUUAGGGGGCUGAAGAUUGAUGAGAGGCAGAAGGGCAGGAAGGAGAAG